AUGACGUGCUGUACUUGCUGUGUAGGAGUUGCUCCUGUUCGAGCUCCAAUCAGUCUUCUUGAUCAAUCUGAUAGUAUUAAAGGUCCAGAAUUAGUUCGUGUAUCGAAAUUCUACAAAGAAGCAAAGAAUGGCCGGUUCUUGCGGUAUCUUCACGACGACACGCGCACACUGUAUGAGACUUUUCGCAGAGGUGUUAAAGAAUCGAAUAAUGGCAACUGUCUCGGUUGGCGCGACGGACCAAAUAAGCCGUACGUGUGGCAGACAUACAAUGAGACCCUUCUGCGAGCUAAAAACUUUGGUUCAGGCCUGUUAUGCCAAGGUGUUGCCCCGGGCCAAACCACCUUUGUCGGUAUUUACGCCCAAAAUUGUCCAGAGUGGAUCAUGACGGAGCAAGCUGCGUACUGCUAUUCGAUGGUUAUAGUGCCGUUAUAUGACACACUAGGAGCCAACGCUUGUGCCUUUAUUAUUAAUCAAACUGAAAUGUCCCUGGUGGUGUGUGAAGACGACAAGAAAGCUAAUUUACUACUGGAUGAAGCACCCAGGUGUCUUCGUAAAUUAAUCACGAUAAGGGAAGUGUCACCCUCUACACACCAAAGGGCAAGGAGUCGAGGCGUGGAGAUCUUAAAGUUCAGCGAUGUUGAAAUACAAGGAGCGCAAAAAGAUCAUCCUUGCAUCCCGCCCCAGCCAGAGAAUCUUUGUACCAUCUGUUACACGUCUGGAACCACAGGCAUGCCAAAGGGUGUUAUGCUGAGCCAUGAGAAUGUUGUCGCUUCCAUGUGCAGUGUCACAAUGCAGCUUGGUGAACACAGGCCUACGAAACACGAUGUGAUGAUUUCGUUCCUGCCACUCGCACAUAUGCUUGAGCGAUGUUGUGAGAACGCUCUUUACAUGGUAGGAGGGGCAGUGGGCUUCUACAGCGGUGACAUUAGAAGACUAGCAGAUGACUUGGGCGCACUUAAACCCACCAUGAUGCCUGCUGUACCCAGACUCCUCAAUAGACUCUACGAUAAGGCACAGAGCGAAAUAGCCAGUUCCAAAAUCAAAAAACUUCUCUUUAAUAUGGCACUAUCGGCAAAGGAGUCUGAACUAAAAAGAGGCAUUAUUCGAUCAGACUCAGUGUGGGACAAGUUGGUGUUCCGCAAAGUGCGUGAAGGUAUGGGUGGGCGUCUCCGCAUCAUGGUGGUGGGAUCUGCGCCACUCGCCGGCAACGUGUUAACGUUCGCAAGAUGCGCCCUCGGAUGUCUGAUUGUUGAGGGUUAUGGUCAGACGGAGUGCACGGCGCCGGUGACUUUGACGGUUCAGGGUGACCACGUCCCAGAACAUGUUGGGCCUCCCGUCGCUUGUUGUAAAGUGAAGUUGGUGGACGUCCCAGAAAUGGAGUACUAUGCGGCGCAGGGUCAGGGUGAGAUUUGCGUGCAGGGCGCGAAUGUCUUCAAGGGGUACUUCAAGGAGCCGGAGAAGACUAGGGAAGUUAUCGAUCAGUAUGGCUGGCACCACACUGGUGAUAUUGGCAAAUGGCUACCGAAUGGUACCUUAAAAAUAAUUGACAGAAGAAAACACAUUUUCAAAUUGUCGCAAGGCGAGUACAUUGUUCCUGAGAAGAUCGAGAAUAUUUAUAUCAAAAGCCAGUACGUUGAACAAGUUUUCGUACACGGAGAAUCAUUAAAGUCGUGUAUAGUAGCAGUCGUUGUACCUAAUGUUGAUGUAGUGAAGUGUUGGGCCCUCGAAAAUGGAAUCAAAGGAACCUUCUCCGCGCUGUGUGAGAAUGAGAAAGUGAAGAAAAUGAUAAUUGAAGACAUGUUGAAUCGAGGCAAACAGGCAGGCUUGAAAACAUUUGAACAAGUGAAAGACAUCUAUUUGCACCCAGAUCCAUUCUCAGUGCAGAACGGACUUUUAACUCCCACCCUGAAGGCGAAAAGACCCGAAAUCAAGAGUUACUUCAAACCACAGAUUGAAGACAUGUACAAACAGUUAGAAUAA